CUGCGAGCAGAAGAAGAGCCAUGAAGAAACACCUGAGUCCUACGAAACAGCAUCAACAGCCGCAGCCGCCACCACCGGCUGAAGUCCCGGUUCCAGCCUGCGAGGUGACCGUCCAGCAACUCAACGAGCUCCUGUCCGACGGCAACGGCUUUUAUAGCCUACCGACACAGCACUUCAACGAGGUCUUUCCCAGGAUAUACAUCGGUAACGCGUUUGUCGCUCAGAAUACAAUGCGUCUGCAGAAACUUGGUGUGACACACGUCUUAAAUGUAGCAGAGGGCACCUCCUUCAUGCAUGUCAACACCAGUGCGGAUUUCUACGCUGGCACGGGCAUCACCUAUCAUGGCAUCCAGGCCAAUGACACAGAGCAGUUCGACCUCAGUGCCUUCUUUGAGGAAGGGGCUGAUUUUAUCGACAAGGCCCUAGCGCACAAUAAUGGCAAAGGGAAGGUGUAUGUACACUGCAGAGAAGGCUACAGCCGCUCCCCCACCAUGGUUGUUGCUUACCUCAUGCUGCGCCACAGAAUGGAUGCACGGCUGGCGGUGGCCACUGUGCGGCACAAGAGAGAGAUCGGUCCUAACGACGGCUUCCUUCGCCAACUGUGCCAACUCAACGAGAAGCUGGCAAAGGAGGGCAAGCUGAACGGGGACCUGGGCAAAUUAAAGGCCAAGUGAAAGCUGGAGAGGUGCUGCCCGUCUCCUCCGGCCCUGCCUUUGACUGGCUGCAGCUGCUCUGGUAGACUGACCCCACCCUGACCAAACCAGCACUCAUCUAACACAUCAGGGGUAUUCUGAAGCAUACAUGCAUUUAUCUGUGGAAUUAUUCCUCGUGUUCACACACACUUGCACAUGUACAUGCUGUUCUGUUUGAAUCUUUAGUCCAUGUCUCUCACUGCUGUUCUACAAAGAGUGUGAUCUCAAAAAAAAACCCAUCCCCCUUUUUAUAACUCCACACAGAUUUUGCUGCUCAUACCCUAAAGCUCUGAAUUCCUCUCAUUUCUGAGCUACUUAAAGCAUUCCUUCAAUUCCCACAACUUAGAAAUUUGAUAUCUUUGCCCUGAUUUUAAAAUUUUACUUACAAACUUGUAGGAAAUAGAAGAUUAUAGCACAAUCAUUCCAUAGUUUACCACUGCCGGGAAUGUCAGUGAUGUCUCCGCCAGUAGGAGUACUCUAAAUAAUUCCAAAUAAACUCCUAAAUAUUGAAAGUUGAUGGCCACAAAUGAUGCAACACAGAGUGGAUGAAGGAAAAUCCCACAUUCCAUUAAAUCUUAAAAAAAAACAAAAACAAUGACGCCCAGUCGAUUCCUAAAAAUCCUUAAUUCUUCCCUUUGGGAGAAAGAUUUAAUGCACAAACACAGAUGACUCACACUCUAAUGCACCCUAAUACACAAUGUAGCAUUUCAGUUAACAGACUCAGGCCUCUUGUUUGACAGCGGUAGCAUGAAAUUUAUCUGCAGCGCAAACGGUUGUCGACAGAGCCGCCGCUGCUGAGAACAGGAAAAGGUCGAGCCAAUUAAAAAUAAUGAGCUGCGUGAGGCGUUCACGUAGCAGCCAUAUUUAGCCUCUGAUAUGAUGAGUGUUCACUGCAGCUGGAUAGUAGCUCAGUACAGUAGAUGCAGAAAUCUGAGGAGAACGCUGGAUCAAAUAUCUGCUUAAAAACACGAAAUGCUUUGCCUUCAAUUUGAAAUGAGCUUAUUGUCAUUCCCAGUAAUGGGCACAUGUGAGUGGUUUUAAAGUAUGUUUGUAGCCAGAGGACGGCUUUUCUUUUCUUUUUUUUAAUAACAUUUUUAUUAAAAAUAAGUUUAGGUUUGAUAAUCUUCAAAUUUGUGAGACUGCAACAGCAUGUUAGGGUCACUAAAGGUUAACAAAAAAUAAAAUUGAGGCUAAUGUGACAA